AUCUCGAGCAAUGAAUUCCACUAAAAACUCUACCACCCUAUACUCUUUGCUCACACGAAUAGCAACCGCACAAGUUCAGUUAGUAUAGAGAUCUGUGGUAGAGACCCUUUACUGAUCUUGCUAUUAAGUAUUAUGUAUGUGCGUCUAUAUCAACUAGAGAAAGAACAGCUGUCGCGCUAGUCCCCAAAAACUAUUGACACUGAGUUCUCAACAUUUUCUCAAGGACCAUACGUGAAAUGGUGUCAGAAUAGUGGAGUGGAUGGUGAUAAUCUCUGAUGGUGAGAACUGUCAGAACUUAUUUGCAAAAGCAAAGCACAAAGUUCUUUCGUUGACUAUUGGUUUUUCAAACAUGACAGACAUUGAUAGCCUGACAGUGGCGAUUGAACAAUACGAGAAUCAGUUAGCCCAGGUUCAAAUAGCUCUGUCAAUCGCAACGAGCGGUCCAGAUAAGGAAAAUCUUUUAAGUCUUCGCUCUGACAUACAAGAGCUUAUUAAUUUGACUAGGGAGAAUUUGAAUAGCCUGAAAGAAACAAGCACUACUGAUAACAAGUCCCAAGAUACAGAUGAGGCCGAUGACCCAUUGGCCGAGGAAUAUGCCUUAUUCAAAACAGUAUUGGGAGAAACCUUGGACAAAUCGGAUUACGCACAACAGAAUGAAAGCACCACUGGUAUCUCAGCUGAUAUUGAUGAAGAUCUGAAAGCUCUCAAGGGUAUGAAAUGCCGAGCACCUCAUGGAAGUGGCUGGGGUGGUAUUAGCCACCAUAAUGCCAUGGUGUGUUCAACUCAUGCCAUUGAUGAGGCACAAAUUACAAGUAUGAAUGACAUCAAGGUGAGAGUAAUGUUCACUAAUCCAACACAUAAAGAAAUGCUUCCCUGUCCGUAUUUUCUGGAUGGCAAUUGUAAGUUUUCUGAUGAUCAAUGUCAUUAUUCACAUGGAGAAAUAGUCUCUUUGUCUAGUCUACAAGAGUACAGCGAGCCAGACUUUGCAACCAUAAAAAUGGGUAGUAGAGUUCUAGCAAAGCAGAAAAAUCAAAUAUGGCACAGGGCUGUUGUGUUAAAAGUUCCCGAAAUCAAACAAGAUGAUUAUCGCGUAAAAUUCGAAUCCAGUGGAACUAUUUUGGAACUGAGUCUGCAUGAUUUGUUGCCAUUAAGUGAUGCGGACUUGAACAUGUCAAAUUCUUCGGAUGAUAGUGAUUCUGAGAAUGAUGCUGAAGAAUUUAAUAAAGAUGAAUUGGUUCAACAAUCGCUGCUCAUGACGAAUGGGAACGAGGCGUUAGGUAGUUGGGAACGAUACACACGUGGCAUAGGUAGCAAAUUGAUGGCUAGCAUGGGUUAUGUAACUGGUACUGGCCUGGGAAAAAGGGCUGAUGGUCGGGUUGAACCAGUACAGGCAACUGUUCUACCACCUGGUAAAUCAUUGGAUCACUGUAUGGAGUUACGUGAAAAUGCAAAUGGUGACAAGGAUUUGUUCUCAGUUGAACGAAGGCUUAAAAGACAGCAACAGAGAAUGGAUCAGUUACGAGAGAAACAGUAUCAGAAGGAAAUACGCAACGAGCGUAGUAAUGUUUUCAAUUUUAUCAACUCUACUCUCGGUGAUAAAGCAGCUCAAGAUGAUUUGAAAGCUUGUAGCUCGGUGGACAAAUCAAAUUUGAAGACUGAAACAAGUCAAAAAUUGAAUGUUGCAAGCCUUCAAAUCGGCGAGAAUAUUCGGAAAAUUGAAAAAGAUGCUUCUAAGUUACAAGACUCUCUUAGAAGGCAUGUGAAAGGAACUUUACCCUAUAACAACAUAGUAUUACAAUAUAAUCAAAAACAAAAAGAACUCGGGGAUUUACGGAUAGCAGAAAAAAAAAUCGUAGCAGAGCAAGACCACCGGAGGAGUAAAGCAAAGCUCACUAUAUUUUAAUAGAGUGAACAACUCAUAGAACAUUUAUCUAUUUAUCUUGACUAAAUUGUAAAUUUGAUUUAGUAAAAAAACAUGAUUUUAAUAAAUAAACUUACAGUUAUUGAUA